AAAGAGCAUUUGUAAAUGUUUUACUCGUUACUUUCAGUUGUUAGAGUUCGACAGUAUGGGAAUAACGUAGCCUUAACUAUUGAUGAUAUUGACAGAAGGUUUGAUAAAAUCACGUGGGAAAGAAACGGAGAGAAAAUAGGAACCAACAACCAGAAAUUUCACAUCAUCGUGGAUCUGCCAAACGUUGUCUCAUUGGUAAUUCAUGAUGUCACAAUCAAUGACAGCGCCACCUAUCAGUGCAUAUUGAAGUCUGGAAGUAAGAUGGAGAGAAGUGAACUUACUGUACUCGAAUUUUGUCCAAUCAAAUUAGUUGGACCUGCAUUCCACGUAAGGACAGAACUAACAAGAGCACAAAUUCGAUCACGGUUGACACAUCAACCUAUCCUUUCAACGAAUUGGCGAAGUCGGAACUACGUCAAGUAUGACGUCAUUAUUAGCAGAGUUAAAACAACAAAAAAUAUCAAUAAAGAUCCUUUCUGUCAGACCACAGAAACAGCCAUCACAAGAACUCUACACUACGGCGUCCUCUUAAGUAAAAACUCCAGGCUUCGCUGGAAGGCACUUAAAGGUAUGUCCGUAAUCAACGAUAUUUAUCAGCGAUUCCAUAACACGACAAUACAGACAAGGACGCCCCAGGGAUUCAGGAAAAAGUGCAAGGCAUUAUCAACUCUCAAGUGUUCCGAACGUCACGUGACCUUUGCCUCUGAUGACGUAGAGUUCGCGACUCUUUGGACAUUCUUACAACAUGGUAGCAUUACAAGCAAGAUGGAGGCGUUGUUUGAGAGUCGAUAUUUAAUGAUUCUGAGGAGAUAUUUCAGGAGCGACAGGUACACCCCGGAGGAGAACGAGAAGUGUGUCUGUUUACCGAGGAUUUAUCGUGAAACACUGAAAUCUAAAGCUGUAGAAUUCAGAACAUGUCACAAUAAACCACGACUUGGCUGAAAAGGAUCACUGAUCAAAAACACGAAAUACCUUUAGAAAUUAAGGGACACUCUUGUCAAAGAUAUUUCAGUACAUUCCUCUUUUUUGUUUUUAAUGAUCACAUAUGACUAUCCAUUUAAGCCUUUUAUUUAUCUUUAAAUCAUUGUUUAUAAUUUGAUUUAAAACAGUUAUUGUAACAAUAAAGAAGUAAAGAGAAUGAACAA